AGGAGCCAGUGUCAAUGGUUAACCCAGGUUCCUGGGGGCUGGAGCUGUUCUCUCCUGUAUUGUUAAGUAAAGAGCAUUUUCACUCUUGGCCCGCUGUGAGCUCCUAGCUCCUAGAUCCUCCGUGGGGAGAAGGAUGCAGCUCCGAAGGCCGGAAGUCUAAAAUCAAGGCCACCCUCCUUCCAAAGCCCUGCAGGAAGCUCCUCCCUUCCCGCGUCCAGCUUCUGGUAGCCCCGGGCGUUCCUGGACUUGUGGCCGCAUCUCUGUCUCCAUCUUCACGGCUUCCCAGGAUUCUUCGCUCUGCGUGUGGUCCUUCUUUGAAGGACAGCUUUCACACCAGGUUUGAAGUGAAAAAAACCCAAACUCGCAAAGAGCAGCGCUCCUCGGACCCUUGCUUCCCCAGCAGUCACCCGGACAUACCCCAAGGGCGCCGGCGAGCAUGAGCUACUACGGCGGCAGCUACCCCAUCGUGAGCGUGGACCCCAGGUGCCCGGGCCACAGCCCGGAGCGCCUCCUGGCCGAGAAGCGCAGAGCGAGGCGGCGCCUGCUGCACAAAGACGGCAGCUGCAAUGUGUACUUCAAGCACAUUUUCGGGGAGUGGGGCAGCUACGUGGUGGACAUCUUCACCACCCUCGUGGACAUCAAGUGGCGCCACAUGUUCGUGAUCUUCUCGCUGUCCUACGUCCUCUCCUGGCUGGCCUUCGGCUCGGUCUUCUGGCUCAUAGCCUUCCACCACGGCGACCUGCAGGACGAGGGCCCGGGUGCCACGCCCUGCGUGGACAACGUCCACUCCUUCACGGCGGCCUUCCUCUUCUCCCUGGAGACCCAGACCACCAUCGGCUACGGCCACCGCUGCGUCACCGAGGAGUGCCCGGUGGCCGUGCUGACCGUCAUCCUGCAGUCCAUCCUGAGCUGCGUCAUCAACACCUUCAUCAUCGGGGCGGCCCUGGCCAAGAUGGCCACCGCCCGGAAGAGGGCGCAGACCAUCCGGUUCAGCUACUUCGCGCUGGUGGGCAUGAGGGACGGCAAGCUCUGCCUCAUGUGGCGCAUCGGCGACUUCCGCCCCAACCACGUGGUGGAGGGCACGGUCCGCGCGCAGCUGCUGCGCUACGCGGAGGACGGCGAGGGGCGCAUGACCAUGGCCUUCAAGGACCUGAGGCUGCUCAACGACCAGAUCAUCCUCGUCACCCCGGUGACCGUCGUGCACGAGAUCGACCGCGACAGCCCCCUCUACGCGCUCGACCGGAAGGCCGUGGCCAGGGAUAACUUUGAGAUCCUGGUGACGUUCAUCUACACCGGGGACUCCACCGGGACGUCCCACCAGUCCCGGAGCUCCUACGUGCCCCGCGAGAUCCUCUGGGGCCACAGGUUCCACGACAUCUUGGAAGUGAAGAGGAAGUACUACAAGGUGAACUGCCUGCAGUUCGAAGGCAGCGUGGAGGUCUACGCCCCCUUCUGCAGCGCCAAGCAGCUCGACUGGAAAGACCAGCAGCUCCACAGCGUGGAAAAGGCCCCGCCCGUGCGAGGGUCUGCCCCGCCCGACGCCAAGGUCAGAAGAAGGUCGUUCAGUGCCGUGGCCAUUGUCAGCAGCUCGGAAAACCCAGAGGAGACCACCCCCUCCGCCCCUGAGGAGUGUAAGGAAGCACCCUACCAGAAGGCCCUGCUGACCUUAAAUAGGAUUUCCGUAGAAUCCCAAAUGUAGUCCUGAAUCCUAACUGUGAGGGCUGCCUACCACGCAGUGGUUCUUACUCUCUAGCCAAUCACCGUAAGGCAACUGGUUAUAAACAGAGCUUUUGAAGAAUGUGACACCUGUCUUUGAUGGUGAUGAGAGAUAAAUAGAGCAGGUUAAAUAAUAAAAGAUAUCUAAACAUUGCAUUGUAUACAAUUGCUUAAUUUUUUUUUUUUUUGGCUAGCAACUGUUAUAUUAGGGAGGCUAUCAAGAAGCCUAAUUGAUUAAUUUAAAUUUCAUCUCUUUUAAUUAUUCCAUA